CUCGGCGCGACAGAACGACAUUGGUGAUGAUUAGACGCGCAUAAAGUCACGACCAUUUCUAAUCAUACUUGUCAUAUCACGGGCAAUCAAUGAUUUCCAUGGAUGGAUGUAACUCUCGUCUCACUGUGGCUGCUUACCCGUCUCAACGUCGCUACCGCCUAAUAAACGGCGAGACUCAGCUAAUGCUGAGUAAACCCUCGUUGAUAAACGGGAUUUAAAUAAAAUCCCUCCAUGGCUCCAUGGAUUUAUGAAGAUCUUCACCGAUCUAUCCGCAGUGAAAAUUGAAAUCUAUCUUUAUCACCAAGCUACAACCGCGCGCAGUAAAAAUCACACCAAAGACAAUGGCAAUUACACAUACAGCCCAGGACGUCAUCACGACGCUGAACCUGGCACCACAUCCAGAGAAGGGCUACUACGUCGAGACAUUCCGAGACGCAAAUACAUUACCCGGGGGUCGCGCAAACAGUACUUACAUCUACUACCUCCUUGAGGGUGAGUCCGGCCUCUCACACUGGCACCGAGUCCUCGACGCCGUUGAAGUCUGGCACUAUUACUCCGGUGCGCCGCUGCGACUCUCGCUAUCAUGGGACGAUGGUGCACCUGUUCGCGAUCUCGUUCUCGGCCCGGACAUUUGGCAGGGUCAAAGGCCGCAGAUUAUGGUUGAGCGCGGAGAAUGGCAGCAUGCGCUGUCUUUGGGGGACUGGACUCUUGUGGGCUGCUCUGUUGCGCCUGGGUUUGAGUUUGGGAGCUUUGAGAUGGCAGAUCCAGGCUGGGAACCAAAGGGCGCAGCGAAGGAAUGAUAGAGGAGCUUAUAAAGUCUGCGGCAAAGCCACUAUCAGGCGGCGGGAUGCAGCUGAGAUGGAGUCGCGGACAGGACUGCAUGUAGACGCGGUCGAUAGGUAAAUUAUUUAUCGCAAUUCCCAAAGCUCGACUACCAGACUGAGAUUUUGAUAUCCAUUUGUAGCAUUCAGCUCUACAUGUAGCUUGUCAGAGUCGUUCCGAAUAGGGAUGACCGAUCGCAGCAACUAGAAGC